AUGUUUACCACUACAAGCCAUUUACUCGAUACAAACGAAAAACCUCACACAGCAGGUGUCCCAUCAGCCGUUCCUUUGCGAUAUGAGGAAGACGACAACCAAACACAAACAUCUUCAGGUGCAACGUUUAGCACCGUUGCCGAGGCAACUGACGACAUGUCAUCACCCACAACCUCGAUGAUUUACGAAGAAUACAGCAGCUUUGAAGAAGAAAUGACCGAUCAAAACAACGCUCAAAUAUCUCGUUACCAGAAUACCUACUUUAUGGAUGGCGGCAAUCGUUUCAUAUCGCUGCCCACACUCGGUAAUACAAGCAAGGUGGCAUCGCAUGUUUCUCGAUUAUUCGAAGAAUGGCUGGAAAAUAAGAUUUACCAUCAUCCGUCCGAUGCGUUUGCGUAUGAUCAUUUGCCUAUCCUUCAAGAUAAUCCAGAGCUUUUGGCCGAAGAUAUCUUCAACAAACUUAAAUCUCGACCCACAGCUAUGACAGGCAUGUCACGGUUAUUAGUCAAAGUAAGAACGGGGCACGUCUAUACAUAUCAUCAACUCGAAGAUGGUCAACCCUUGGUCACCGAAGAUAUGGAAGACUUUUUCCAACAAUUCCCACUCUUUGUUGAAGUCAAGAUCUAUAGCAUGGCUAGCAAAUCGUCAUCCUCCACACAGCUCUUGUUGACAGUCGAGAAUGCAAUCAUCAACCCUGAAAGCCCAUAUCCCAUUAUGGAUGAGAUCCACCCUUCCAUUUAA